UUUUAGGCUGUCAAAAUUGUCGAACGACAUUCUAGGCGGAAACACUUGGAAAUGAAUCGAUCCAGCCAAGACCGUUCACGAGAGGUCAAGUCAGGUCUUCCCUCCAAUCAAGGCAAUAUUCUAAAAAUACAACGAGAAAUUGCAAUAUGGAAGCUCUGCUUUCACCCCAAUGUAGUCAAAUUAAUUGAAGUCAUUGACGACCCCUCAAGCAAGAAAAUCUAUCUGAUUUUAGAACAUAUGGAAGGAGGUGAAGUGAUUUGGAAAGACGAUGAUGAUAUGCCAACGUUACCUAUGCAACGGUCCAGAGCCAUCUUUCGUGACAUAGUAAAUGGGUUAGAUUAUCUGCAUUAUCGCGGCAUCAUUCAUCGGGACAUCAAGCCUGCCAAUCUACUUGUACAUAGUGACGGAACGGUCAAGAUCUCGGAUUUUGGGGUAUCUUAUCUUCACCGAAUAUUUAUGGAUGGCGCUGAAAAGGCAGAAGAAAUAGAUCGAGAGUUAGCCAAAACAGCUGGCAGUCCUGCUUUCUUUGCCCCUGAGCUAUGCUACACCGGAGAUCAGCGCGAUUCAACGGAUGAAGCAGCUAUGGGUGGUGGUGGUGUGUUGGCUGCCCUCACACGGUCCCGCUCAGCCAAAAGGUUGACAGGUAACCGACCAAAAAUUACCAAAGCCAUCGAUGUAUGGGCCCUUGGUGUUACCCUGUACUGUCUAAUUUUCGGCCGAUGUCCCUUUGUUGCCGAGACCGAAUUCGAACUGUUUAACAUCGUACCUAAUGAAGAACUGCAGUUUCCACAUGACGACGUUGACCCAGACCUACAGGAUUUACUCCUCCGAUUGCUUGACAAAAAUCCCGAAACCCGUAUCACCUUGGAGCAAGUUAAGGUAACAUUGAUUUGAGAUACGCGGUGCCAGUCAACAUGAAGGGAACCCUGAAUGUUAACGUUCUUUGCCUCGGUUUUUAUCAGUU